AUGGAAGAUACAUGGAAGUUUUCCCAAUGCUUUGGAGACAAGGGAGACAUUGAAAACAUCACCGAGGCUGACAUCAUUUCGACGGUUGAAUUCGACCACGAGGGGGAUUUCUUAGCUACCGGUGACAAAGGUGGGAGAGUCGUUCUUUUCGAACGCAACCAAUCAAAGAAACAACAGAGCUGCGAGUACAAGUUCUUCACCGAAUUCCAAAGUCAUGAUGCCGAGUUUGAUUAUUUGAAGUCAUUGGAAAUCGAAGAGAAGAUUAAUAAGAUUAAAUGGUUGAAGAGUUUCAAUAACUCCUUAUACUUGUUGUCAACCAACGACAAAACGAUAAAGUUGUGGAAGAUUAUGGAGAAACAAAUCAAGUUGGUUUCAGAAAACAAUUUAUCCAAUGAACACAAUCUGCUGACCCCCUUGAAUUUAAAGAACUUGAGAUUACCCAAGAUGACUUUACAUGACAAGUUGAUUCUGUCACAACCGAAAAAGAUAUAUUCCAAUGCACAUGCAUAUCAUAUCAACUCCAUCUCGGUGAAUUCCGAUCAAGAAACGUAUUUGUCUUCAGAUGAUUUAAGGAUUAAUCUUUGGAAUCUUGGCAUAUCGGACCAAUCUUUCAACAUUGUUGACAUUAAACCGAAUAAUAUGGAGGAAUUGACAGAGGUGAUCACCAGUUCUGAGUUCCAUCCUCAACAUUGUAACUUGUUUAUGUAUUCUUCAUCCAAGGGUACCAUUAAGUUGUCCGAUAUGAGAUCCAAUUCUCUUUGUGAUAGUCAUGCCAAGGUUUUCGAAGAGUAUAUAGACCCUUCCUCACAUAAUUUUUUCACUGAAAUUACAUCUUCCAUAUCAGAUGUCAAGUUUAGUAAUGAUGGGAGAUACAUUGUAUCCAGAGACUACAUGACAGUAAAGAUAUGGGAUUUAGCAAUGGAGCUGAAACCAGUAAAAACUAUCAACGUACAUGAACACUUGAGAGAUCGAUUGUGCGAUACAUAUGAAAAUGACGCUAUAUUCGAUAAGUUUGAAGUUCAAUUCAGUGGUGACAAUAACUCGGUUAUGACAGGUUCGUACAACAACAACUUUAUGAUCUAUCCGAAUGCUGUGAAUAGCAAUGCUUCGGGCGCCGGCGUCAAGUUGAACACUACGAAGAAGGGGAAGAAGACCACUGCCAGUACGGCGGAUUCUGACGAUGACGAUGAUGAAGAAGAUGACGAAGAUUCAGAUUCUUCUCCAAAGGAAAAUAAUGAUACUUUCCCACAAUCGCCAAGUUCGCAAAUCGAUGAUGACGAUCAAGAAGAAAUCAUCUUACAGGCUGACAAGUCUGCUUUCAAGUCCAGAAAGACCAACACUGGAGGCCCAACUAGACGCAGAAUGAUGAGUGGAGUUGGCUCAAAUGACACAGGCGACUUUGACAAUAUCGACUUUAAGAAGAGCAUCUUACAUUUAUCGUGGCAUCCAAGAGAAAAUUCUGUUGCAAUUGCAGCAACGAACAAUCUCUAUAUUUUCUCUACGUUAUGA